UUUGUCCACCUUUCCACGCAGUCAGUUCUACCUGGCCUGUAAAACUGGCAUUAUGGACCAAGCCCUGUCCAUUUAUUUCCUGCUGGGAUGGCUUGGAGGCGAUUCACUGAACUUAAUUGGAUCUUUCUUGGCUGAUCAGCUGCCGCUACAGGUAUACACCGCCAUUUACUACGUGCUUGCUGAUUUGCUCAUGCUGUCUCUUUACAUCUAUUACAAAGUCAAGAAUCAGAAAAGAGCCUUUUCGGCUUCGAUCAACGCCGUGUUGGCAUUCAUGGUCUUGGGGGCGACGCUGAUGCCCACCUGGCAGGGGGGACCCGCCUCUUCUCACCUGGGUGAUGGAAGGAUGUUCAAAAGCAGGAGACUUUUAUCCUCUGUGGACUAUCCGUCAGGCUGGGAGCCGUUCACCCAGAAGGAGAUCUGCGGCUUUGUGAUCGGAUCCACAUCGUCGGUGCUUUACCUGUUUUCUCGGGCCCCGCAGAUCUACACCAACUUCAAGCGGAAAUGCACUACCGGAAUCUCUUACUCUCUUUUCGCUCUGGUCAUGCUCGGAAACACACUCUACGGGCUCAGUGUCCUAACGAAAAACCCGGAUCCGGGCCAGUCGGAAGCCAAUUAUGUGACCCACCAUUUGCCCUGGCUGGUUGGCAGCUUGGGGGUUCUGUCCCUCGACAUCGUGAUUUCGUUCCAAUUCCUGGCCUAUCGUCGGAGGAAGCUGCCGGUCACGGAAGAGAGAGACGCUCUUUUGGGCAGAGAAGAGAACGCGGUUGAAAGCUGAACGACGCCAGGAUCGGCUGCCGGGGUUCUUGGCUGCGUUGGGAUUCCCGCAGUGGGUUUGGGGCGUCGUCCUGAAAACGUCUUGAGAUAAAAGCCCUGGCUUUUCUCUAGAACUAGAAAAAAAUGCUUCACCUCCAGAAAGACGCGCCUUACGAGAUCCUUUCCUACCUCUCCAAUUCCUUUUGGGGGGGGGAGGGGGAGAAG